UCGAGUCUGGUCCGGUCCUGGUAUAUAAUAAAAGCUGCAGGCUAGCUCUCUCUGCAGCGAGACUUCCCACGAGCGUCAGGAGAAGACAGUGGUUCCAUAAUGGCGGAGUUUUUGCGGACUCGAUCGUCUACUUCAUCGUCCAUAGGCUCAGUGGCUCUGCAAGAGAGCGGCUACAAGAAACUCUGUAUCUUCGUCAAUAGGGCAUGGGACCUCCCAAAAGGAGACACGUUUGGACUGAGUGACCCGUAUGUGAGGAUCAGUGUGGUGGGAGGAGAGCAUGCAGGACCAGGAGUCAAAAAGACCUCAGUCGUAAAGAAGUCCCUGGACCCAGUGUGGGCUGAGCUGCUUCAUUUUUGGGUCAGGGGAGAUGCAUUCAGUGUCAUAGUAGAUGUCUUUGACGAGAACAAGUUGAUCAAGGAUGACUUCCUCGGGAGACAAAUGCUCCAUUUUGACUUCACCAACGAGAGCAGGAGACCUCCUGUGGUCCAGUCCCUCGAAGGUCGCAGGGUCCAAGAUGUUGGUCGCACCGUCACUCUGAAACUGAAAAACAAAUACGCAGCGGAACUUCUGGACGGUCAGUACCGUCCGUACCUGAAGGACUUGCGUUCCCAGUUUUUCCUGAAGCGAUUGCACAGACACCGCUGGGCGGGAAACUAUCGAGGAAGGCUCAAUCUCUCCUUCAUCUUCCUCGACCCCAGCGACGAUUUCGAACACCUUCAGUUGCCGGGGAUAACUGAGACCACGCCCACCCAUACCUCGGGUGGAGAGGGCGUGGCUACGGAGCAGGAGGCAGAGUCAGAGGUGGAGCUACCACCUGGUUGGGAGGAACGGACUGAUACCAAUGGUCGCAGGUUUUAUAUCAACCACCUAACUAGAGUGACGUCCCUACGGCGGCGACCAGUGGGCGGGGCUUCCACUCCUGAGACCACACCCACCCCACAAGCUCCGCAGAGGAGAGCAUUCAUGGCGAGACAUACCAGUAUUGAUGUGAUAGAUGAAAAUACAGCAGAAGAGGAAGAAGAGAUUCCUGUUGUAGAAACACCACCUCAGCCGGAGGAAGGCUCAAAUCUACACACCCUGGACAGCAUCUCCCUUGACACACACCCUCAUCCCCCCUCCCCCUCCCCUUCUCAUCCCUCUCUCGCCACAGCGGCUGACUCCACCCCUCUGCAGCCUUCUGCCCCACCCCUUAAUUUGACCACACCCACUGUUCGCCAGACUGCACCUCAAACUACUCUCCUAACUGUUGUUCCACAAGCCACACCCACCCCUGUGCCUCAGGCCACACGCCCUGCAGUCGUGCCUCGAGCCACACCCACUCCAGCUCAUCUGGCCAUGCCAACAACUUUCAAAUUGGCCCGUGUCCCAAUGGGGGCCAGUCCGCACCAUUCUCUGGCGAUCCAGAGAGCUGCACAUGGUCUGCCUCAGGGCUGGCAGGCAGGAAUGACUUCAGACGGCAGAGUCUACUACAUCAACCACAUUCAUAAGACCACCACGUGGGAGAAACCGAGGCUCCAGGAGAGACAUAUUGUACCAGUCGCUACGAGAACUGCUCAGCCUGUCGCAGUGGAACAGGACUCCAGUCUGCCUGAGGGGUGGGAGGAGAGGAGGACCGGUGAGGGGCGGGUUUACUACGUGGACCACAACACCCAGACCACCUCCUGGGACCACCCCAACUCCAAGAAAGAAGACCUCCUCGGACCCAUGCCUGCUAGAUGGGAGAUGAAACAGAUGGCAGACGGCCGACUCUUCUUCGUGGACCACAACACCAAUUCCACUCAGUGGGAAGAUCCUCGUCUCACUGCCAAGAACAAACCAACGGAGAAAAUGAAGUAUUCUCGUGACUACAAACAGAAGUAUUCCAAUUUCAGAUUCGGACUCCCAAAAACCAAGCCCAGAGCCCCCAACAUCCUGGAGCUCCCAAUUCGCCGUGAGCAUGUCUUUGAGGACAGUUUCCGAGCGGUGACAAACGUGAGGCCCCUCACUAACUUCCACUCCAGACUCUACGUCAGGUUUGCUGGGGAGUCUGGUCUGGACUAUGGCGGACUGGCCCGCGAGUGGUUCUUCCUUCUUUCCCACGAGAUGUUCAGUCCAUACUAUGGUCUCUUUGAGUAUGCCGCCAGUGAUGACUACACCCUGCAGAUCAGUCCAGAGUCUGGCAUAUACAAUGAACACCACAUCGACUACUUCAAGUUUGUUGGUCGUAUGCUUGGCCUCGCCAUCUACCACCAGCACCUGCUAGAUGGUACGUCCCACUCUCCAUAUCCCAUACCAAAUUCCACAUUUCCCAUUCCCAGCAUUCUUCAUUCGGCCGUUCUACAAGAUGAUUCUGGACAAACCAGUUACUCUGGACGACAUGCAAUCAGUUGUCAGUGAUUAGACAUACACCUUACAUCAGUCUAUGCACCUUACAAUACAGUCACUCUUGGUCUAUAAUGGACACUGCUAUGUAGUCACAUGACCAGUCACAUGAUCCCCACAGGACGAGGAGCUGUACAACAGUGUCCAGUAUGUCUUGGAGAAUGAUCCGGAGCCCCUGUGUCUCACAUUCUCCGCCAACAAGACCGUAUUUGGAGAGGUAAUUGAGGAGGAGCUAAAAGAAGGCGGGGCUGAAAUUGCAGUCACCGAGUCCAAUAAGAGAGAAUACAUCACAUUGCUCAUAAAGUGGAGGUUCACUGACAGAGUCCAGAAACAGAUGGAUGCCAUCAAACAAGGAAUUUCUGACAUCUUUCCUCUGAGACUACUGAAGGUUUUUGAUGCCAGAGAGGUAGAGUAUCUGCUGGGUGGGUUGGCAUCCAUUGACGUGGAGGACUGGAAAAAGAACACAGAACUCGUGGGAUACACACAGUAUGACCAGGUCAUCGUCUGGUUCUGGAAGGCUGUUGAGAACUAUGAUGCUGAGAUGAGGGCACGUCUCCUGCAGUUUGUCACUGGAACUUCUAAAGUCCCAAUGAAUGGAUUUGCAGAGCUACAAGGUAGCAAUGGUCCGAGGAAGUUCUGUAUCAAGAGAUAUGGCAGUCCCAAUUCCCUCCCUCGAUCCCACACCUGUUUCAACAGAAUCGACCUUCCUCCGUACGACUCUUACCACAAACUGAAGGAAAAGCUCAAAGUUGCAGUUGAGAACGCUGAUGUUUUUGAGGGUGUAGACUGACAUAAUUAUUUCGAUAGUGAAACUUUAGACCUUCUAUUUCUCCUUUGUGUGAUGUGCAGUUGAAUGGCAAUUUUUUUACUUAUAAUUAUAGCCCAGAUGUAACAUCAAAUCGCUAGAAAAACAUCUUGCUAUGACCAAAAAAAUGCACAUUUAAAAACAAAAAAAAAAAAAAUAAUCAUCGACUACUACAUCGUAUUCUGGCAGCUAGUGUAGUGGGUGUGGCAGUGGGUGUGGCUAGUCCGAGACCUCGAUGAUGAGGGGACACACAAACUCGGAGUGGCGGAUGCCGAGGGAGUAAGCGGGUGCUUGUCGCUUGGUGACGUUACAUCGCUCAGGACAGUGGGCCCCUGGGCCUGGCUUCUGUGUCGGAUCUCCAGGCAUGAACUGGCGAGCCUGAAUGGAAUAGGACGGUCUCCUCGGCUGAGUAAGUUCAGCUGACACCGAGUCGUAGCGUGCAGGUCCUGGGGUCUUGGCGUAGUCGGCGGCAAAGUCUCCAGCCUUCAGUCGUUUGGCCAUGCUGUAGCAGGCCGAGCUGGGUUUGUAGGGGACCCUCUCUCCCAGCAGGGUGGGCAGCGUGUAGGUGUUGGGGGAAGGGUUGGCAUCCCUUUUUCGGUAGCGGGUGCGAGCUGCCAUGCUGUAGGCCGGCAUCUUCUUUUCUCCCUGGAAGCAAGUCUGGCUCUGCUCCGGCCUGUAGGCUCCUGGACCCGGGGUCUUGAAUGCCGUCAGCUCCUUGUGUCGGGCGUAGAGAGAGUAAGAAGGGACGCCCUCUCUGCCGUACCGGGUAAAGGAUGGAUCCACGUUGUGCACCGGGCCUGGGCUGCAGUCUGGGGCAAUAAAUCCUCCUCCCACUUUCCUGCCGAAGGAAUAGGCAGGGAAAAUUUUUUUCGUCGGCGAGUGCCCCUCGCGGCCAGUCAGCGACGGUAGUGCGUACCGACUAGGCCCCGGGCCUCGCUCCAUGGCGGCGAUCUUUGGCCGGGGAGCCUGCGUGUCUACCCCUCCUGAACCAGUCAUCUUGUCGUGUUUUGCGAGCUGGAGCUCUAGCUAGCUAGCUUAUAUAGUCAACUACUCAGCCCCUCCCCUCUUUUUGUCAGGGAAAAGCAACGAUUCUAAAACAGCUGUAGCUACUGUUUGCUAAGUCGUAGGACAUGAAAAAAGACGGCCAUGGCCGCAUGCAAACCAGUACUGUGUGCGUG